AUGCCGGUCACGAUCGACCACACCGCAUACCCUUACAUCAUGGACCUGAUUAUCGACAACUCGGACGUCGACGCACUCCUCAAGCUACGAGCAACGUGCAAGCUCUUUUGCAAGCGUAUCACUACCCUUCUCUUCACUCACGUCUCACUUGUGGAGCAAAGCAUGUACGAAGACAAGGAUUCAAGCAACGACGACGAGGAUACAAGCAACGACGACCAGGGUACAAGCAACGACGACCAGGGUACACGCAACUACGACGAGGAUACAAGCAACGAUGACGAGGAUACAAGCAACGACGACGAGGAUACAAGCAACGACGGAACGCCGCCAAGCAAGCAGCCCCGCCUCGUCCUACUCCCUCCCCUUUUCUUUCUUUCCGGAAACGGCAUCAAUGACGCCAUUGACGACGUGUGGCCCCCUCCCUCGCUGCCCUUCUUUCCGGACCCCGUCCAAGUGCUCGACAUCGAUCUCAGGUGCCUCUGGCACGACCAGCAAGGAAGCCACGAUGCCCUCAACAAACUAAGUCGCUUUACCAACGUCACCACCGUGCGGCGCUUCGGCGCGCGCACAGCGUCAAUCAUUGGCGACAUUCCCUUCGGGGUACCCCGAAUGAAGUGCGUCGACUAUUUAGACACUGAGGGACUCUCUGUCGAUAAAAGCUACCACAUCGGGUGCAUCCCUGGUGUGGCCUCGCAUGUGAUCCAUCUCCAAUGGCGCCCAGGGUGUCUUACGAACAUCGAUUUCUUGCUCAAGCGCACCGGUGACCUUCAAGACGUUACUCUCGUCCUCUGGCCGAGCUAUCACUUCAAGGACGAGAACGUUGAACCCGCCCCGUCCUGCGAGCUGUGGAGCAUCCUUGAAAGCCUUGAAAGCGCCAUUCAGCGUGGAGUAUCCCUCACCAUCGUUGGAGCAGACAAGCUGGAGUACAUCACCGAUAAGCCCCUCGAAGAUGACGAAGCAGACCACGGGUGGAUGUCGCCUCAGGAGAAGCUCCUUCAAAACUUGCUCUUCAAGCUGUCUUCUGUCUGGGAUGCCAUACCCGAGGAAGAUAUCGACGCCACCAUGGCCCACGUCAAAUGCGUCACGAUGCCUGAAUGGCCGUCUAACACCAUGUUGAAGUCCGAUGUCAAUCCGCCCGUUCCUCGCACUCUCUACCUCUAUGGGAGAAGUAGUCAAAACACGGCGCCGAUCAUGAACGAGUGCGAGCACCUCCAUGUGACUCGCGCACUUGCUUCGCACUAG